UGCUCUUCCGUAAACAUUUGAAACAGCGCCGGGUGUUUGUUUGUAGUUCGAUAAAUUGAACAAACAGGCUGUGAAACAGCUUGUUGUAGCUGAUAUUACCAUUUUCAUGUAUUUUGUUCUGUUUUCUGUGUUGGCUUGUUUAUCGACGUGUCAUUGUUUCACCGGAAAUGAUGAGAACCAUUGUGGUCUUCUGAAGCGGUUGCUCGAGUCCUCACGAGUUUCAGUGGAGAUCAACAAGAAGGGAUUUCACAGGGAGGCGGUAACCACUGUGGAGCUCAGCCCUGAUGUGCUCAGUGGGGUCAGAGUUCUGCUGGUUCACAGAUGGCCCAGAGGUGUUUAUCUCGACCCAUACCAACUCGCAUCCCUGAGUGUUGAAAGUGAUUGGCAGAUCUUACUAGAUUCAGCCAUAGACCUAGAGCUGCCUGCUCACAAGACUUCAGGAUUUGUCACCUAUGUGUAUCCCACCGUCGAUGGACCGACUCCAAGACUGUUAAAAGUGACAAUUCCCGUACACGGUCGCUACCACAAGCCUUCUUAUGAUGGGAAAACAUUUACAUCUGUCGACAUAGAAGCUCCAGAGCUGCUGCUGCGGACUGAAAAAUGUACGCAGCUCAGCAUCUUUGAGCCUCACGCUGUGGUGGACGCUCCCUGUACUGCCGACAAUUCAAGCGCGUGUUCGUGGGUUAAACUCCAACAUCAGCAGGAGCAAGGCGCCGUGGGUUUGCAGUUUCCAGUCGGUGACGGGUCUUUGGUGACGCCUGUAUGCGGUGGAACUCUUCUCGUCACGAUGAUCUCCUGCGUGGCGCUGUCCAAAUACUUGUGGAAACAUCGACUCGUUUAAACAGUGAUGGUCAACAUAUCUUGUUUUGAGCAGCUCAUGAGUUCGUAAUAACGCAGUUCUUGGUGGAACACUGGCCAAAGCAUACAGGAAGAUGACACCUCACUCAGUUUGAAACACUUAACUAAAGAAUGUUUGGUCAUUAAUCAUCUUCUUAGGACGUCUUUUAUCACGACUACAAAUAAUAAAUUGCAAACAUCUGGGAAAUUCUCCAUGUUGUGUUGAUAAUGACGUUUGGCUUUUUUGUUUUAUGACACAAAAAUGUCAGAUUGGAUAUUAAGAUUUCAGGCUUGUAAAGCUACCGUACAGAUGAACACAGCAUCACAGACAGGGCUGGUUACAAAAAAACAACCUCUCUGAUAUUCAGCCUAGUUGUACUUCUUUUAUAAAAUCUGUAUAAUGCAGCUGAACAUCGCAGAGUACAUAGAUUGAGCGUAAUAUGUAUAUUGAUGUAGAUCAACGGUGUAUAAAAUGUGUACAAUUAAAAUCUUUAUUUUAA